AUGUCUAACACGAAGAUUACUCACGCAAGCGACUCCGACUUCUCGGUGGAGGAAGCUGCGCCAGGUAUGAACACUACCCACAUCACCAAGUCCAAAAAGGCAACAGCUUCCAUCUCAGUAAAGAUCCCCGAGGGGGCAAAAGUCUGCACCGAUCGUGGAGCGCGGGACGAGCGGACAAAUGCUAAAAGUCGCUGCGUCAGAUCGAGAAUCCGCCAAAAUGGUCGAGACCGCAAGCUUCGCACAGACAGUGACGAGGAGACCGAAGCUGGAGAUGAGAGGAGCUUGGACGGAGAAGAAACUCUGGAUGAACAGUACUUAGAGGAAGAGUAUUUUAACUGGAGUGAUGGGCUUGGUUCCGACCACGAAUAUGCCCCGAGUGAGGCAUACGGCUCAGAUGAAGGGGAUCUUUCAACACAAGAAGAUCGGUACUCCAAAGACCAGGCAAGUAGUGAUGAGAAGGAGAGUUGA